AUGGUUGGAUUAAUAGCUCUAUGCGUAUUUCGUUAUAAACAUAGAAGAAUGAGAAGACACCGAGCAGAGCAAAUACGUCGUCGUCAUCAACAGCAUCAACAACAAGCUUAUCGUAUAGGAGGUGUUGGUGGAGGGUUUCACUCAGCAGCUGGAUUGCUUGCUGCCGUUAAUGGAGCUAAAGCAUCUUCUAAUUAUUCAACACAUUUCGAUAAUGGAGGUGCUUUAAAUAGCAAUGGUGGAAUAUUUAAUACAACGGGCCAUUCUUGUUUAUUUGGAAGCAAUAAUAAUUUCUAUAUACCCUCUAAUUCAUCGGGGACAUUAUUGCGAGCUAGUCAUUUCGAACGAGGAAGCAAAUUAUAUGAAUCACAGGCAAGCUUAUUAAUUUUUCUUGGUAAAACACUGGAAUUUAUUCUAUAUCCUUUGGGGAAGCUUGGAAUAUAA